UUACAAAAUAUCUCUCUAUUUUUCUGAAUUUAUCUCCGAAAAACACACACACACACACACGCGCGCGCGCGGUAUACGCAUAGGAGAGUGAAGCUGAGUCCGAUCGAGAAUGGGGAUUCUAUCCAACUGUAGCUUUGUUUUAGGUCCUCCAAAUGGGUGGAAAUUCAGAGAAAAGUAUCAGAACAACAGCAGCAAGUGUUUUCUGUGCGGAGAAUUAUUGUCGAAGAGGAGGCGAUUGAUUUCGAAAGAGAAGUUGGGGAAGUUGAAUUUUGUGAUUAGGUCGUGUUAUGAUGGUAGGAAGAGUAAUGGAAAUGAUGAUAAGGGCAUGCAUGGCGAAAGAGAAAAUAAAGAGAAUUCAAAUUUGGCGACGAUGGCGUCAUCCGAGAAGAAGUCCGAUGAUAGUUCCAAGAAUUCGCCGGCUUCAAUAUCUACACGGCCACCAACUAUGUCACCAGUUGGACCAGCUUACAGUAACUUCCAGGUGGACUCUUUUAAAUUAAUGGAACUACUGGGGCCAGAAAAGGUUGAUCCUGCUGAUGUAAAAGUUAUUAAGGAAAAGCUCUUUGGCUAUUCGACCUUUUGGGUAACCAGAGAAGAGCCUUUUGGUGAUCUGGGAGAAGGGAUUCUCUUUCUUGGCAAUAUUCGGGGAAAGAGGGAGGAUGUGUUUGCAAAGCUUCAGAGUCAGUUAUCUGAGAUCAUGGGAGAUAAAUACAAUCUAUUCAUGGUGGAGGAACCAAAUUCUGAAGGAGAAGACCCACGUGGUGGACCCCGUGUUAGCUUUGGCUUGCUGCGCAAAGAGGUUUCAGAGCCAGAGCAAACAACUCUUUGGCAAUAUGUUAUUGCUCUUCUAUUGUUUCUUCUUACUAUUGGUUCCUCAGUUGAGCUUGGAAUAGCAUCUCAGAUCAAUAGACUUCCUCCAGAGAUAGUCAAAUAUUUCACAGAUCCUGAUGCUAUUGAACCACCAGAUAUGCAGCUCCUAUUUCCAUUUGUGGACUCUGCUUUGCCUCUGGCUUAUGGUGUAUUGGGAAUCCAGCUGUUUCAUGAAGUUGGACAUAUUCUUGCUGCCUUUCCGCGAAAUGUGAAACUUAGUAUUCCUUAUUUUAUUCCAAACAUUACCCUGGGGAGCUUUGGAGCAAUUACUCAGUUCAAGUCUAUUCUUCCUGAUCGGAAAGCAAAGGUGGAUAUUUCAUUGGCCGGGCCAUUUGCAGGAGCUGCAUUAUCUUUCUCUAUGUUUGCUGUUGGGUUGCUUCUUUCAUCAAAUCCAGAUGUGGCAGGAGAUUUUGUGCAGGUUCCAAGCACACUUUUCCAAGGUUCAUUGUUUCUUGGCCUCAUCAGCAGAGCUGUUCUGGGCUAUAAGGCUAUGCAUGCAGCAACUGUUUCAAUCCAUCCUUUAGUGAUUGCUGGCUGGUGUGGGUUGACAACAUCAGCUUUUAAUUUGCUGCCUGUGGGGUGUCUCGAUGGUGGAAGAGCUAUGCAGGGGGCUUUUGGUAGGAAUACACUCAUCGCUUCUGGUUUGGCAACUUAUACCUUGUUGGGGUUAGGAGUGCUCGGUGGACCCUUAUCGCUUCCUUGGGGAUUAUAUGUGCUGAUAUGUCAGAGGGCUCCAGAGAAACCAUGCUUAAAUGAUGUAACAGAAGUGGGGACUUGGCGAAAAGCAGUUGUUACAGUGGCAAUUGUUCUAGUAGUGCUGACGCUGCUUCCGGUGUGGGAUGAACUGGCAGAAGAGUUAGGUAUAGGCCUAGUGACCUCGUUUUGAUUGAGGAUUGUACCACUUGAGCAGAAAUUCCAAUUUUGACUUGGAAUAAGGUGAAAUUAGUUCUUUUUGUUCCUUAUAAUGAGGCAUCCAGUAACUAGUUGGUGGUUGCAGAUUGAUCUCUCAACAGGCUCCACUUUUGUUUAUCGUACAUAAAUACUGUAUGUUCAAACAGAGUUAUCUUUAAAUGUCAAUACCUUCAAACUUUAGUCUUUC